AUGGUAGAGUUGUCGCUUCGGAAAGCUAGAACGAAUUGGAAGCAGCGUUCAUCGCCGAGCAGAGCGAACGGUUCAAUAAAGUUGGAUGGUGACAAUACAACGGUGAAAUCAAAUCCAUACCAAAACUUCAAAGACGCUACGAACUAUGCACAACUUCCAACGAUAGAUUCCAAAGAUCGUGACAAAGUGGGGACUUUGAUGCAGAGGAGAUUGUCAUUCCACGCUUCAAAAUAUGGUGGCCCUGGUGCUCCAACAGACUAUUUAGCAGAGCCCUUGCCAUAUAGUAUGGAAAAUGCUUCAGAUCAACCGUCCCAUACACGGGCUAAUGAACUUAAAGUUACUUCCAGACAAAACAGAUCUACUUCGAGCGUUGGAAUGCUCAGAGUUGGCGGACAAAAAAAAUCUCACAGAACUCCACUGCGCCAGAUCCUGAGUGAUCGCGCUUUUGAAGCGAAAGAAUAUGUAUCCAGUACACUGGGGAACGCUGGAGCACUUGAGAUAGAUCAGUUUACGUCAGAACUGAACGAUUUGGCGUUAGAAGUCACAGACGAAAUUAAGGUGAACAUCUCGGAUUCAUACACUCAGGUGUUGCAAGUAAACCGGGAUCUUAGCAGUGCCUCUGCGGAGCUUAGACAGCUCAGGACAAAUGUAGUAGAACUCCAGGAGGUGAUGGAUGAGCUGAUUACAAUGGCAGACAAAAGGUUACAGUUGGAACGAGAUUCGGCUCCAAAUUCAAGCGUCGAGUCACAAUCACAACAGCAACAGCAAAACUCGCUACUUCCUCCAGCGAAAGCUUCCCAACGGCGUGAUCGUACAAGUGUUGUAAUGCUAGAGAAGAUGUGGAAGAGUGAGCUUUCGACUUUGUUCAGGGCGGUCGAAGGCGCCCAGAAAUUUAUAGCUCCACUUCCGGGACGACAUAUCAUUUUGGAAUCAAGUGAUUGGUACGAAAUAAACGCUGCCACACUCAAGCCUUUAAAGACCAUUCAUCUUUUCCUACUUAAUGACAUGAUCAUGAUAGCGACUAAAAAUCAGGAAAACAAACAGCACGAGCUGGUAGUAUGCUACUGUCAUACCCUAAAAGAUACUAUCAUCAAUCCUCAAGCGAAGAAUAGAAUUUCGCUAGAUUUUGCCAAUCGCAGGCAAUGCUUAAUUCAAACGCAAAAGACUAGAGAGUUCGAGCGCAUUGUGUCCGCAGUGCGCGGUGCUAAAGAUGAUCUGAAUGUCAUCUCACAGGCAGAAGAAGAAAACACGCGUAAAAUCAGAGACUCUUUCACAUAUCUGCAGGCCACGCAGAACAAUCCAGGCAGAGACCUGACACUGAGCCCCACGAAGGGCCACGCGCGAAACACGAGUUUGGGAAAUGCAACCUCAGGGCCCCAGAACGAUGCAAAUGAGUCGUUCGCCUUACAUGCUCUAAGCUCUUCUCUUAAAUAUCCUUCGCAGGCGGUAGGAGGAAAACGAAACGCUGGUGUACUGGGGCACUUGGACGACGUUGUGGAAGAUUUCGACAUUGUAUUCGCCCGGCGUGACUUCAAUGCCGCUAUCCAGCAUUUGCAAGAAUUGGAGCAAACAUUGGCGUCUCUCGACAAGAAUGGCGUCCAAGAAAACCGAAUACUGCUGAACCUUAUUAGGCUCAAAGUGGCGAACCGCAAGGAACUCUUGGCAGGCAAACUCACGCAGCUGAUCUCUACCGAAAUCUCAAACUUUUCCAAUUUGCUCGAUUUCGUGCGCGAUCUAAUUUCCCUGGACUUCAAAUACGACGCUCUUGAUCUGUUUUUACAGAACAGGACCAAGUACAUCAAGGAGUUGAUUUUGAAGGUAGGAACUUUCCAAAGCCCCACGCAUUACCUUACUCAGAUCGCCGUAAUUCGGUUCCAAACACUGAAGACCGUGGUUGCGAGGGUCAAAGAGCUUUUUCAGAGCAUUGAUGACAGUUUUUCGUCCACGCUGGUAAGCUGGUGCAGCAGUGAAGUAGACCAGCAUUUCACCCUCAUCAACAAGCACUUUAUGAGCAUUGAAGCGAUCCCACCGGCUUCAAUCAAAUCUUCAAGAAGACAGAUAGACGAGCUGAAAUCCGUGGGCAUGGAUUUUGUUUACAAGCUUGACGAUUUCAUCCGCAAGAACGCUGAACGUAUCGGAUAA